GAGUGUUGGGUAUAAAAGACAGGCCUGUGGAGGUGUGGAGGUGUAGAGAGAAGGAUGAUGAAGCUCCUGGUCCUCGCUGUUCUCGUUGCUGGAGCCUACAGUUGUGGGCUGCCCACCUUCCCCCCUGUGGUGAAGAGGGUGGUGGGAGGAGAGGAUGUCAGACCCAACAGCUGGCCCUGGCAGAUCUCUCUGCAGUACAACAGGAAUGGAGAAUGGAGACACACCUGUGGAGGAACCCUCAUCUCUGCUGACUGGGUCCUCACUGCUGCCCACUGCAUCAGCAGCAGCAACACCUACCGUGUGGGUCUGGGGAAACACAACCUGAAGGAGGACGAGCUGGGCUCUCAGUUCAUCCCCGCCGGACAGAUCAUCGUUCACGAGAAGUGGAACCCCUUCUUCAUCCGUAAUGACAUUGCCCUGAUCAAGCUGCAGACCCCUGUCACUGUCUCUGACUCCGUCAUGCCUGCCUGUCUGCCCGAGGCUGGAUUCCUCCUGCCCCACAAUGCACCUUGCUACGUCACUGGCUGGGGACGCAUGAAGACCGGUGGUCCCAUUGCUGAUAUCCUGCAGCAGGCUCUCCUCCCGGUGGUGGACCACGCCACCUGCACGCUGCCCGACUGGUGGGGCGGCCAGGUCAAGGACACCAUGGUGUGUGCCGGUGGAGAUGGGGUAGUGUCCGGCUGCAACGGCGACUCCGGCGGCCCCCUGAACUGCCAGAGUGCUGACGGGGCGUGGGAGGUGCACGGCGUCGUCAGCUUCGGCUCGGGGCUCAGCUGCAACUUCCCCAAGAAGCCCACCGUCUUCACCCAAGUCAGCUCCUACAUGGACUGGAUCAGCGCUCAAAUGGUCUACUAUUGAGGCCUCAGUCCUGGGUCCAAAUGGUCUACUAUUGAGGCCCCAGUCCUGGUUCCAAAUGGUCUACUUUUGAGCCCCCGCCCUGGGUCCGAAGCGGAACAUGACCAGAAACAUCAGCAUGUUCUACAAAAAGCAAAUAAACUUUAAAAAAAGAAAAUAAAAAAAGUUGAACUACA